UUCUUUGUGCACACAAGUAUCCCUUCCAACAGCAUUCCCAUCAUCUGCCUGACGUCAACUUGAAUUUUCUUGCAUCUGAAGCUUACAUCAGUGCUUGCCAAAAAUCGUUCAAAACUUUGGCAAAAGUUCGAGGACAAUAAUGACAAUGACGGUUUCCAAGAGGCCGCUGAUGAUCCGUGCGUGUGUGCUGGUGGUGGCUGUUCUAGGGAGUGGAGUUUUCGGUGUGGCUGCCGACGGUUGGAGAGGUGGUCGCGAUGACGAAAACAAUAACGAUGGCUUCAACUUUUUUCCCUCUCUGGGUAGUCAAGUUGACUUCUACAAGAAUGCAUGCCCUGCUGCAAGAGGUGUCAUCAGGCUAACUGUUCUGUCUGCCAUCAUUAGAGACCGGGGUCUCCCAGCUGCACUUCUCCGACUGCAAUUUCACGAUUGCUUUGUCAGGGGCUGCGAUGCCUCUAUCCUACUGGACUCCAACCAGACUCACCUUGCGGAGAAAGAUGGCGUUGGUAACGCACUUUCCGUCAGAGGAUACGAAGUGAUCGAUGCUGCUAAACGAGCAGUGGAGAGGGUGUGCCCGAAUGUUGUUUCUUGUGCAGACAUUAUCGCCCUUGCUGCACGAGAUGCCAUAGUUUCUAUUGGAGGUCCAUCAUGGAAGGUGGUGUCUGGUCGCAGAGAUGGGCUAAUUUCCAACGCUGUCGAAACCCCAAGCAAUUUGCCACCUCCCUUUGCCGACUACUCUUUCCUCGUCAACAUCUUCUCCAAAAAGGGCCUCACUCAGAGGGAGAUGGUGAUUCUUUCAGGUGCUCACACGAUCGGUAUUACUCACUGCGGGCUAAUCCAGAGCCGUCUGUAUAACAGCACUGGUCCUAAUGGAGUCGACCCCACUCUUGACUCUGCGUACGCUGCUCAGCUGAAGCUGCAAUGUCCUUUCGGAGCUGCCAUGAAUGAGAUCCCGCUGGACCCAUUUAACAAAGGCGAUCGCUUUGAUAGUACGUACUACACCAACGUCCUGAACAACAAGGGAAUUUUUACUUCUGAUGCUACUCUCCUAACAUCUCCCGUGGGAGCCGCGAUUGUCAGGGCUGAGGCUGCUGGAAGGCGUGAACCAUUUUUCACCGAUUUUGCAGCUGCCAUGGAGAAGUUAAUCAACAUCGAAACUCUUCAGGCUCCACAAGGACAGAUCAGACAAUUUUGCAGAUUUACCAACUAAUCUGAAAACCAAUGCUGCUUCUCAUUUAAAGUGCACUAACUCACACUUGUCUAGACACAGCUGGUGACUGGCUGACAAGCUGUCUUAAGGUCAAAUGCUGGUUCUCCAGCUUCGCUAGUUUCAGCAGUAGAGCUAGUGAUUGUUUGAAAUUGGUCGAGCAAAUCUUGACCGAUUUCGACCAGUUUCAAACAGUUGUCUACUGAUUAAAGGAGACUGAUCAAUGUCUGUAUCCUGCUUGGCCUGCUUGGCCCAUCAAUAAAUAUUAACAAAUUGGG